CAGAGAUUACGUGCCCGCCCCUCACGAGCAUGGCCGCUUACAGGAGAUUCGGGAUUGGAAGGAAUUUAGCUGUUCUUUUAACGAGAUCGCAUCAUGUGUGCAGUUACCAUGGAGCAGGGCUCUACAGACCCUCUCUUCACAAAGUGGGCAGAAGGCAGAUUCCACAGCAAACAACCACUAUGUUUAUCAGAAACAUGUUUAUUCAGACCCAAGACACUCCAAACCCAAACAGCCUGAAGUUUCUCCCUGGUCGCAUGGUGAUGGAAUCAGGGACUAUGGAUUUCGCUGGACCCAGAGAGGCUUAUUGUUCACCCUUGGCAAGACAGUUGUUCAGAAUUGAAGGAGUCAAGAGUGUCUUCUUCGGCCCUGACUUCAUAACCAUUACUAAGGCUGAUGGCGAAACGCAGUGGAAGGUGCUCAAACCAGACGUCUUCGCUACCAUUAUGGACUUCUUCACCUCUGGACUUCCUGUUGUCAACGAAGAAGAUGCUCCACGUGCCGACACAGCUCCUUCGGAGGAUGAUGACGAGGUGGUGGCCAUGAUUAAAGAAUUACUGGACACACGCAUAAGGCCCACAGUGCAGGAGGACGGCGGUGACGUGUUGUAUCAUGGUUUUGAGGACGGUAUUGUGAAGCUGAAGCUGCAGGGUUCCUGCACUAGCUGUCCCAGCUCCAUCGUCACGCUGAAGAGUGGCAUCCAGAACAUGCUGCAGUUCUAUGUCCCCGAGGUGGAAGGAGUUGAGCAGGUGAAAGAAGAGGAUGUGGAUGUUGAAAAGGGUGCCAUCUGAUGGCAUUCCUAUCUCCAUAAUCAAUUACCCAGCACCCCCCUUUCCCUUCAGUGUCCAAUCAUGUAGAAGGAGCUUUGAGUUUACUAGAGACAGUUACAUCGCUGUAAGGACAAAUCUGUGUGUCCUCACACUCUGUAAACGCAUAUAUUAGCUAGAGGCAUAUUAAGGUGUGCAGUGUUUUUACCCUACAUGUUUGGACAGUGUUUGGACGGUGCCGUUACAGGUUUUGGGUUGGGUUGGUCGCCCAUAAUAUUUUAUAGAUCGUCUCUCAAUGCACUGGUUAAAAUAAAAAUCCGAAUUUUGUGUAUAUGUGAAUAAAUUACAUGCAAUUUAAUACACGUGUAGAUAUUUUUAUAAGAAAUCUACUGGUUUCAUGCUAAAUGGAUUCUAU